GCGAAAAGCAUCGCUUGGAAAACGAGCAAGGACAUUGGUUUCCCUCUUCCAUCUUCCGUCUCUUCCCCCAUGUACAUGUCCCAGAAUUCCUUCUCGUCUACUAAAGGAUAGUAGGGAUGUAGGUACAGGAAAUACUGGUUGAUGAACUCCUCUUGAACGGUUCGUACAGGCAGGUGAAAGCACCGGCUGAGUUCGAGAAAUUCAACAUCUUCUUCGGGAAGGACUCUAAGAUCAGGUAACACCAAGAAUGGCUGUGUUGUGUACAGGACUUCAGACUGGGAAUAUGCCGCUGAGGGUCGGGGCUUGGACAUGAUGCCUGAGUCUGCGGAUGCUGUGUUCUAUGGGUAACACUAAAAUAACCCAGAAAUGAAGGUCUCGUAUAUCGCGUGAGAUUCAAAGGCCUUGGUGUACUUUUUGGUCUUGGUUUGCAGGGUUCGAGUGAUAGUCCGGUCAUCCGUAGGACCGUAACCAUCCUCAACAUGGGAUGAGCUGAGCGUUAUCGGAGUCCGGGAACCAAACUUCCGUCUCCACUUUCAGCUGCCGAGAUGACUCCACUCGCUGACAAGGUUCAUCAACUCGUGUCUUGCUGCCUCAGGCCUACAAACUAGCCCAAGACGGUAAACAGCUUGAGCUCCUUCAACGAAUCUACCACCACAUACGCAACGAAAUCUGCCACGUUACAAUCAUUUUAUUCUCUUCAUCAAUCAACUAUCUGCCAGUCUUUACAACCAUUUUUUAUCUGCCUGAACGUCUCUUACCACGAAAACUAUGAGAACCAGAUCAAGCUACUAUUAUGCAUUACGAGGGCCUCUUUUAUGAUGACGGCGAGGUCUCAGAGGAUCCCGAUUUUCCCAAUGCCAAUCAUGAAGCGCAGCGCGAGCUGAUGGCCUAUAGCGAAGGACGAUAUGAGGGUCGCCCUUCAAGAGUAGAUGUUCGUGAGCGAGCCCAGAACUAAUCAAAAAACAUCUAUGCCAGCUACCAUCAGCUCAACAAGAUACUCGAGAGACAUGAGGCCACUAUCCAGAGAAGAUGGAUGAAAAAGCCCCUCCAACAGAGGCUUCAAAUUCUCCUCAAAUUUUGGCCUGAUAUGCCUGCCAGCCAUCGCCCUGAUUUCGCGGCUUUCCGGCAAGAGCAUGCAGUAGAUCGACAUGAACAUGGGUCCAAGCUGAAAGACCAUUUCAUGUGGCCCACUGUCAACUAGGAAGACUUGUUGGGACCUAAGCUCAUGCUCUUGUUGCUGAGUUCCAAGGGAAGACUUGCUCCUCCUGCCUUUGCUGCCGUUGAUUAUGAGGGGCUUUGGUUUGGCAAAGCGACAAGAGGCCUCCACCCCAAGCUUCUUCAUUAUCAUACCAUGAUUAUGCAUGGUGCUACAAACGCCGAGGAAUACGGAAAGCUUGUUCACUGGGAGUCUUACCCAGAUGCCGAAGAGUGGGUGAGAACACGAAGGCAGCUUCUCCCUGGAGAUGGCCUCUUGGUUCUCGAAGUUCAGGACCGUCUCAUGAAAUUUCUUGUUGUUUGCUGUCACCAAAUUCUUCACGAGAUUCCCCCAGACGUGAUUACUAAAGAGACAGUAGAUAGAAUGCGCCGAGCUGAAGCGAAUCUGGAUAUAGUCUAGGCUAGGAUCGACCGAAUCACUAAAAAGAACGUUACAGGGUUCGAGGAUGAUGUUUCCAUGGUCUACAAGAUGCUUUCCAGGAUCGCGUACCCUCCGAAGGACGCCUGAGUGGGUUGAGCCUUUCAAGAGAGACUCGAAGGAAACGAGAUCUGUGGUCGCUCAACAAACCAUUUUCGAGACUGUUUCUAGACGAGCCUGAGCAGGAACCUAAGAAGUUCAAAUCAGAAGUCAAGUUAAAGACCAAGGUUAAGACCAAGCGCGAACAGACAGAGCCUGCCACUGCGGAGGAGGUGAAACCGCCGGCUGCUGAAGCAAAACCAGAACCUGAAGCCACACAGCACAUAUUUGCUGUUGAUGCGAAGGCGCUCAAGGUGUUCCGUACUCUGUUCUUCGAUCCUGAGAUAGCAUCGACUCCUGGCUUGAUCCCGUGGAACGGCUUCCUAUAUGCCAUGGCAGCGGCUGGCUUCAAGAUUGAGAAGCUGUAUGGCUCGGUCUGGCAAUUUACUCCCAAUAAGCUGGACUUUGAGCGCAGUAUCCAUUUCCACAAACCUCAUCCGAUGGGUAAGAUUCCUUUUGAGGCGGCUAGACGACAUGGACGAUGAUUGACGAGAGCUUAUGGAUGGCAUGGAGGUAUAUUUGUACUGAAGGAAAAGUCAUAGAGGUUAAAAUAUUAGAGUAUAUUUUGCUUGGAUCUCAGUACAGAUACAGAUCUCGGUAUUCUUAGGUACCCGUUUUGAUAUCUAGUGUUGGCUUGGUUCUGGGCACGAUGGUUGAGAAUCUAAGAAUGUUCGUCAUAGACCCUCUUUGCAAGC